UCUUCAAUACCGCGUGAAUGGCUCAUUUUUGCGUCGGAAGUGAGCUUCAAUUGGAUUUCUAUAAUUCCCAUACCGUUUGUCCGCAAUCGGGAAAAUUGCAAGUUCCCAACCAGCAAAAAGAGACCAUAUAUUUUUUGAGUUUGGCCAAAGGUUUCAUUUUAAAAUUUCGGAAUUCAAAUAUUUAAUCAUCGGUCACACUAACCCCCCUCCCACCCACAAUAGCAACAAUAAAUGCGGAAAAAAUUAAAAUUUAAAUUCGGCAAAUACAUCUGUGCAGCAGAAUAAAUAUUUAAAUACACCACAAAAAGGCGCGCAACAAGAUAUUUAUUUGGAAAUACAACUAAAACAACAACAACAACUACAACAACAACAACAACAACAAAAAACACCCAAGUGGAUCGCAGAAAAAGUCAAUCUUUUUGUUUGGAUUAAGAUCGGAUCUCCCUCGCCAGCCGUCAUGGCAGUCGUGCAACAGAUGAGGCAUCAGUGCUCGUGCCAGCGAUGAGGCACAGCCCCAUGCUGGAGUCCAGGUGCUGCUAGGAGCUAGGAGUGCCCCUGGAAGCCAUCGAAGCCAUCAAGCCAACAUCCAGCACACACACACACACACACACAUAUCCCACAGUCCGCAGAAGGUAACCUGAUGGUUGUGGCCUGCGAAGAUGCCUUCAGCGAACACCGAAGACUUGCGGCGAAAGUUUCUAGUUGUCCAGCAGCAGCGCUCGGCCCCGCCCAAUCUCGCCGGCGACGGCCUCACGCCCGGCACCACCCACGGCAACACACUGAUGAUGACAGCCACCGCUGCAGCGGGCGGGGGUGCUGUGGGUGCUGCUGGCGAGCCGGAGCGCACCUAUGUAUUUCCCGGCGGGAACCCGCUGAUAGGUAGCGUACCCGGCAUGCCGGUGGCCAAUCCGGCGGGACCGUCGCGCGGCCAUGCGCGUUCCGUUAGCCACGGCGGCGGCGCCAUUGUGGGCGCCAAUGGGCGGCCCAUCAAGUCCGCGAUGAAGGGCCACCAGCGAGCGUUCUCGCAGGGCCAGAUCACGGACUCGCCGCCAGGCAGUGCCGCGCCCUCGGGCCGGGGCCACAGUCGCGUUGGCUCCAAGACAGACUUCAUCCUGCCGCCGGGACACAAGGAGGAGGCCGUGCGAGAGCCCUCCGCGCCCACCUCGGCGACGGGGGGACGCGGCCACUCGCGGCAGGCGUCGCGCUCCGAGUCCAUCUACACGCUGCGACGCACGGAGGCGCCACCGUGGUGGAAGCGGCUGACGCUCUGCAACUACAGCACCGGGGACAAGUUCGAGGAGCGCAGCUACCGGAUGGUGGUGCCCAAUCACACCGUGCCGCCCAAGACGCCCAAGCGGGAGCAUCCCAACGGCCAGUUUGUGGGCAACAAGAUCCGCACCACCAAGUACACCCUGCUGUCGUUCAUUCCGAAGAAUCUGCUUGAGCAGUUCCACCGCGUGGCCAACCUGUACUUCAUCUUCAUCGUCCUGCUCAACUGGGUGCCGGCCAUCAAUGCCUUUGGCAAGGAGGUGGCCAUGAUUCCAGUGCUCUUUGUGCUGGGCGUGACGGCGGUCAAGGAUCUCUUUGAGGAUCGACGCAGGCGAGCAUCGGACAAGCGGAUAAACAACACCACAUGUCGCGUGUACGAUGGUGAGACGGAGCGCUACAAGCGGGUUAAAUGGCAGGACCUGCGUGUCGGGGACAUUGUCCAUCUCUCGAACAACGAGACAGUGCCCGCGGACAUUCUUUUGCUGCGCAGCAGCGAGGCCCAUGGGGUCUGCUACAUAGACACCUGUGAUUUGGAUGGCGAAACGAAUCUGAAGCGUCGCGAGGUUGUACGUGGCUUUGAGGAGUUGCAGAGCAUAUUUGUGCCUAGCAAAUUUGUUAGCCGCGUGGAGGCGGAUGCGCCGACAACAAAAUUAUAUAGAUUUCAUGGGGCCUUAAUACAUCCAACUGGGGAGCGUGUGCCCAUAUCGACCGAGUGCCUUUUGCUAAGAGAAAGUAGACUGAAGAAUACGGACUAUAUCGAGGGUAUUGUGGUCUAUGCGGGACAUGAAACAAAGUCAAUGCUGAAUAAUAGUGGUCCAAGGUACAAGCGCUCCCAGGUGGAACAGCAGAUGAAUAUUGAUGUGAUAUGGUGUGUGAUAAUAUUGUUUAUACUGUGCAUUGUUGGGGCCAUCGGCUGCACCAUGUGGCUGAGUUCAUUUACGAAUUUUCCGGUGCCGUAUCUGCCGUUCGAGGUGAAUGCCAAUCUGGAGGGCAUGUGGACCUUCUGGACGUACAUCAUCAUACUGCAGGUGAUGAUACCGCUGUCGCUGUACGUCACCAUCGAGCUGUGCAAGAUCCUGCAGGUGUUUCACAUCCACAACAACAUCGAUCUGUACGACGCGGACACCAACAAGCAGACCGAGUGCCGUGCCAUGAACAUCACCGAGGAACUCGGCCAGAUACAGCACAUAUUCUCGGAUAAAACGGGCACCCUCACCGAGAACAAGAUGAUCUUUCGCCGCUGUGUCGUCAAUGGAGCGGACUACAAUCACCCGCCCUCGGAGCUGGAGAAGAUGUACUCGAAGCCGGGCGCACCGGCGCCCCCGCUGGUGCCCAAUGACACGCUGACGAAUGACAUGGCACUGCUGACGCAGGGAGCGUAUCUAACGCCGCACGCACAGCGCAUACAGGAGUUCCUGGUGGUGCUGGCGAUAUGCAACACGGUGAUUGUGAGUGCGGCACCGCAUCGGGACCUGAUGAAUGCCAGCGGCAUAAUUGAGGUGCAGCAGCAGCAGCAGCAGCAGCAAACGGGCUGCAGUCCGGCGAACCUGAAGCUCAACAAACAGCGACAGAAGCUGCUGGCUAGCACCACGACCACCACAACGACCACGACUACCAUACUGAAUGGACAGCAGCAGCAGCCGGCAGGAUCCAUUCCCAUUCCAGUGGAUCGUUAUAUGCGGCUGGCAGAGUCGCGAUCCGUGACCCCAUCGCCGCCGCCGAAUCUAAUCUUUGCGCUGCCCGCCCAGAGCCAUCAGCCCACGCUGUCGCCCAUCAGCAGUUCGGCGGAAUCGUCGCCCAACUCGGAGUCGGAGUCGCCAUCGCCGCCCAUGAAGAGCAAGGCGCUGUCCAACAGCAUCUCGCCCACGGGCAGGGCCAAGGCGGCCAUCAACUCGAAGAUAACCAGCAUAGCGACCUUCCUGAAUGCCAAGACCCAAGGAAAGCGCCUGAAAAUGAACUCAACCAAAACGGAGACCAUCUAUAGAACCGCCGAUGGUCGUCCGCUGUACGAGGCCGAGAGUCCGGAUGAGCUGGCUCUGGUGAAUGCCGCCUACAGCUACGACUGCUGCCUGCUGAAUCGCAGCCCCAACCACAUCCUCGUGAGCAUGCCGACGGCUGCGGCCACCGUCGAGUAUGAGAUACUCAAGAUCCUGCCCUUCGACUCGAGUCGCAAGUGCAUGUCGAUUGUGGUCCGUCGCACGGGCACCCAGGAGAUAGUGCUCUACUGCAAGGGCGCGGACAGCACCAUCAUGCCCGUCCUGUCGCCCUGUCCGCACAACAGCCCCGAGGGCAUGCUGCGGGAGCAGACCCAACAGCAGCUGGAUCGCUAUGCGCGCGAGGGUCUGCGCAUUCUGGUGAUGGCCAAGCGCACCCUCAACUCCGCGGACUACACGGACUGGUGGGCGCGCCACCAGGAGAUUGAGAUGUCGCUGGAGAAUCGCGAGCGCAGGUUGCGCGACUCCUUCGCGAAGCUGGAGAGCAAUCUGACGCUGCUGGGCGCCACUGGCAUUGAGGAUCGCCUGCAGGACGGUGUGCCCGAGACGAUAGCAUCGCUGCUUGCGGCGGGCAUCUCCGUGUGGGUGCUGACGGGAGACAAGCCCGAGACGGCCAUAAAUAUAGCGUAUUCCGCGAAGCUAUUCACCCAGCAAAUGGAGUUGAUCAAACUGACAGCACGCUCGCGCGAUGCAGCCGAGACGGCCAUCAAUUUCUACCUGACGGAUAUGGAGAACGCAAAGCCCACAUCCUCCAUAGGCUACAGCCAGACGCUGCGCAGAAAGCCACGCGCCUUGGUGGUGGACGGCAAAACGUUGACCUUUAUAUUGGAUCCAAAAUCCAAGCUGAUUCUGCCCUUUCUGCGACUGGCCAAGCGAUGCGCUUCUGUGCUCUGCUGCCGUUCGACGCCGCUGCAGAAGGCCUAUCUGGUUAAAGUCGUCAAGGAGGAGCUCAAUCUGCGCACACUGGCCAUUGGGGAUGGGGCCAAUGAUGUGUCCAUGAUACAGAUGGCCGAUGUGGGUGUGGGCAUCUCCGGGCAGGAGGGCAUGCAGGCUGUAAUGGCUGCCGAUUUUACGCUCUCUCGCUUUCGCUACCUGGAGCGGCUCUUGCUCUCGCAUGGCUACUGGUGCUACGAUCGAUUGUCCCGCAUGAUUCUCUACUUCUUCUACAAGAAUGCGGCCUUUGUAUUUCUGAUAUUCUGGUAUCAAUUGUAUUGCGGCUUCUCUGGCUCCGUGAUGAUGGAUCAAAUGUAUCUGAUGCUGUACAAUCUGAUAUUCACCUCACUGCCGCCCCUGGCCAUUGGUGUCUACGACAAGCGGGUGCCCGAGGAUCUGCUACUCAAGAAUCCGUAUCUCUACAAGAAUGGUCGCUUGGGCGUUGCAUACAGGCCGCACGACUUUUGGUUGAUAUUACUGGAUGCACUCUAUCAGAGUCUGGUCAUCUUCUUUGUGGCGCUGUGCGCCUAUGCGGAGAGCGAUGUGGGCAUCUGGGAGUUUGGUACAACGAUCACGGCCUCCUGUCUGUUUGCCAAUCUGGUGCACUGUUGCAUUGAAAUACGUUCCUGGACUGUGCUGCAUGUCAUAUCCAUUGUGGUCUCGCUGGCCUCCUUCUACCUCUUCUCGUUUGUGUACAAUUAUUGGUGCGUCAAUUGCUUUGGCCUGCCCUCCACCUACUGGGUGAUCUUUGUGUGCAUCUGCUCCGCCGUCCACUGGCUGGUGAUACUCCUGUCGACAGUGGUGGCUGUGCUGCCACGCCUAAUAUUGACAACGGUGCGCAUUUCGCUGUGCCCCGACGACAGCACAAGGGUUCUACUGCACAGCCAGCGGGAGUGCAGCAGAGGUGAGGGUUUGUUAGUUACUUGGUCGCGCUCCACCUCAGCCUCAUCAAUCUAUAGAAUCACCGAUUAUGGGUCUAAGAAUCAGAUUAUAACGACGAUUACCUGAUCGAGCGCCAGAAUGCAAAAUGGAGCGCCUCCCUACGGUGGCACACCGCAACAACUAGUAGAAACCUUACAAAAAAACCUAACACAUGUGUGCUUUCAGUCUAAAUAUGUGGCCUUUCGACACCGAUUAAUAAUACAAUGUUAUGUUAGUUAAUUACGCCCUUAGUUGACCCGUAGCGUAGUUGCACCCCCGCCACCCUUCCCCCUAAAAAGCAAUUAGUCUAAAAUGUACGAGUACUUAGUAACAAAUUGAAUUAGAUUGUUUAGCUAAUAUAUACAUACCUACAUAUAUUCUGUUGAGACACACGAACAGAAACCUACAAUAGAUGAGCCCAUGUCUUAGUUGGAAUGUUUGCCUUAACUGUAAGUGGUAAGCAAUUGCACCACCAACCCACCACCCCACACCCCCUAUGUCGUAAUUUAUAUAUUUAUUUUGUAUAUAAGAAAAAGAGUACCGUACCAAUCCGCGAUCUAUAACCAAGCCUGGACCCUACUUAUUGUUAAACAAAACCGAUAAAUCACUGCUACACUGUUGGUAUGAUUAUGAUUACUUAACACCCCCCCCCCCCCACUAGCGACUAAUUAUAUUUAAUAUAUGCAUAAUAUAUCACCCACAACGGAAAUACUUGACAAUUCAACAAAAACACAACAGAACUGCAUGCUGCAAUGCUAGUUCGAUGAAAAGGCUGUGAUUCUACACUCAUGAAGAAGGAUAUACCUAAGCAUAAGAUACAGUAUAUAUAUACAAAUACAAAUACAUACCUUAAACCUAUACCCUACCCUACCCUACCUACUAUAUAUAUAUAUAUGUAUAUGUAUGUUAUAUCGAUCAAUGUGCAGAUUGAUGUGCAUAUUGAAAUUCAAGUAUUUGACAGAAUUGUUUCUCUCACCGUUCUGUUAUCCUACGAGUCGAUUUUUUACUUUUUUAUCAAGAGCCCCUCCCCCUAACCACUAGCCCCGCCCCUACUAUUAUUAUUGUACGUGCGACGGUAAUAAUCAAUUGUUGUAAUCCAUUAGUUGUACUAUUCAAACAGAUUUGAAAACGUUAGCUGAAUAUUUACAUACAUUGUUGGACAAGCAAGAAAUCAUUAAAUGAAAUAAAUGUAUA